AUGAAUAUGCGAAUUGUAACUUUCAACCGCAAGAUUAUUUUUGCAGGACUGCUUGCCUGCCUCGUAAUCGCAAUUAUAUGGACAAUAUCUCGCCCAACAAGAUCUACCACUCAUGAUCGUUUCAAAAACGGAAAAACAAACUCUAUAAAGAGAUUUCCUUCAGUGGAGAGCACAGAAGAAAUAGUUGCGACUGUACUUGUCAUCGCCUGCAACAGACCAGAAGUGGAGAGAAGCCUGGACAGUUUACUGAGGUUUCGAACAUCGGAAAGAAAGUUUCCCGUGGUUGUCAGCCAAGACUGCGGACACGAGGAGACAGCUCAAGUUAUAGCCUCUUACGGAGACAAAAUCAUGUAUGUAAGACAUCCCGACGUAUCCGAUAUCACUGUGCCAAGAGGUUCAGAUAAUUUAAAGGGAUACUACAAACUGUCAAGACACUAUAGAUGGGCUUUAUCGCGGGUUUUUGAUGUACUUCAUCAAGAUACGGUUAUUAUUGUUGAAGAUGAUUUGGAGAUUGCUCCUGAUUUCUUUGAAUACUUUGAGGCUACUAAAGCACUGCUUGACAAAGACCCUACACUAUGGUGUGUAUCAGCGUGGAAUGACAAUGGUAAAACUGGCAGGGUGAAAGGUAAUGAUUUGCUCUACCGAACAGAUUUUUUUCCUGGGCUAGGAUGGAUGUUGAAAAAAUCUCUCUGGGAGGAGCUGGCACCUAAGUGGCCUGCAGCUUUUUGGGAUGACUGGAUGCGGCAUCCAGAGCAGAGACGUGACCGUGCUUGCAUUCGUCCUGAGAUACCUCGGGUGGUGACAUUUGGAAGGAUAGGAGUUAGUCGGGGCCAAUUCUUUGAUGAGCAUCUUAAGUACAUAAAAUUGAACAAUGAAUUUUACCCCUUUACAGAGAGAAAUUUGACAUACCUCAUGAAAGAUGUAUAUGAUCCCAUGUUCAUCAAUACAGUGUACAAAUCACCAUUAGUUUCAUAUGAGUAUUUUCACUCAGGUCAUGUGAUGCCUGCUCCAUCAGUAAGAGUUCAGUAUGAAUCUGAGGAAACCUUUAGGUCAUUAGCAAAUCAGCUAGGAAUUAUGAACGAUAUUAAGGCAGGUGUACCGAGAAUGGCAUACCGAGGUGUGGUCAGCUUUAUGUACAAAAAUCUGAGAGUUUAUCUAGCACCACCCAGAAAUUGGAAUGGAUAUGAAUACCAUGAAUGA